GGCCCGGCAGCCAGGCCAAGGAGGGCAGGGCAGCAGGAGGGGGGGAUGAGAAGUUGCUGAGGAGGCGCCUGCCGGGAAGAUGGCUGACUUUCUGAAAGGCUUGCCUGUUUACAACAAAAGCAACUUCAGUCGAUUCCAUGCAGACUCUGUAUGUAAAGCAUCGAAUAGAAGACCGUCGGUGUAUCUUCCCACACGGGAAUAUCCGUCUGAACAAAUUAUCGUGACAGAAAAGACCAACAUACUUUUGCGUUACCUACAUCAGCAGUGGGACAAAAAGAAUGCAGCGAAAAAAAGAGAUCCAGAGCAAGUGGAAAUAGAGGGGGAAAAUUCGGCCCCGCCCCGCAAAAUCGCCCGGACAGACAGCCAAGAUAUGAAUGAGGACACUUAAAAGCUCUCACUCUGCACUGAUGCAGACGCUUCCUGUGUGGGUUUUUAUUGGUCUUUCACUGUGUACAAAAAAUAAGAAAAAAUUCCACGUGCCCCUCCCCUCCCCAUAGAGUCCCAAACCACUUUUGAUUUCAGAGGAGCUAAUGUAUUUAUUUUUGUUUGUGUGUGCAGGAGGGGAGGGGAAGGUCCCUUCUUCCAGUUUUGUAGUAUUAUUUAUGUUCUCCCCCCUCCCCCCCCACAAAAAAACCUCUGGUGGAGCAAGACAGGAAAAAAAUGUUUAAACUGUGAUCAUUGCCUCUUAAAUAAACAAACUCACUUUUGCAGCUUGUUCCCCCAAGUCCAGCUAACUUGAUCUAGUUGCAGGAAGGGGAGCCCAAUUCUGCCACCCUCUUUUUUGAGGUCAUGUCAGCAUUGCCUUCUGUACUAUUAGUAAAAUGUGUUUAAAAUUAGAUUUUUCUGGAAGGUGCUGAUAACCCCCCCCCCUCCCAUUCCUGCAUCUACCGUUAAAAUCAAAUCAACCUUGUAAAGAAACUAAUUUCGAGGGUUCCUCUCUAAGGGUGAGGGUAUCAGCCACGACUUUCUACUUUGCUAAAAACUGUUGUUAUUCCUGACCCUCUUUGCUCCCCUCCCUCUGCCCUGCCGGGGAGUUUGUUGCAUGGCAGCCAUGUAACUCGGAGCAAAGCACAUCCCUGCUCUCAUCCUUCCUCUCUUUUUCUAGCGCCACUCUUUGAGCAAACCAGUUGUGCAACUUCUCCAGUAGAAUAAAAAAUGGGCAUUUCUCA